GCCUUCUCCCUUCAAAGAACACCACGUCUACAAUUGACAACUCACCCGGAAGUUUGCGCUGCCGGAGCCAGGUCACUUCCGGGUCGCCGGCUCCGCUUCGUUCCCCUCCUUUUUUUUUCCUUCGGCCACGCCGCAGGUGGGAACCGGCUUACAUCCGGCUCCCUUCGCAGGUGAGGUUGGGGUGCGACGCCCACCUUCGCUAGGCCUCGGCCGACGCUUUGGUCUCACUUUCCUUUCUCGCUUCUCGCUUUUCAGUUCACCCUUCAGCGCUUGCGGCCGAGAGAUGUUGCUGAGGAGCUGGCAGGGCCCCGGAGCCUCCCUGAGGUUGCCGGCUGCGGCGCUGCUGCUGCUGCUGCUGCUCAACCUGGGCUGGUCUGUCCGCGCCUCGGAGAUCACCUUCGAGUUGCCAGAUAACGCCAAGCAGUGCUUCUAUGAGGAGAUCGUGCAGGGCACCAAGUGUACCCUGGAGUUCCAGGUAAGGGCGUCUCGCACGCCAGACAGGCCCUUGUCUCUUGUGAGAGCUGUCUUUUAGUUGCCUGCCUUUGGGUUAUUCUAGAAUACAGUGGUACCUCAGGUUAAGUACUUAACUCGUUCUGGAGGUCCGUUCUUAACCUGAAACUGUUCUUAACCUGAAGCACCACUUUAGCUAAUGGGGCUUCCUGCUGCCGCCACGCCACCGGAGCACAAUUUCUGUUCUCAUCCUGAAGCAAAGUGCUUAACCUGAAGCACUAUUUCUGGGUUAGCGGAGUCUGUAACCUGAAGCGUCUGUAACCUGAGGUACCACUGUAAGUGCUGUGGUGUAAUUAGAGGCAGGCGCGUGUGGCGCUGUGGGUUAAACCACAGAGCCUAGGGCUUGCCGAUCAGAAAGUUGGCGGUUUGAAUACCCGCGACGGGGUGAGCUCCCGUUGCUCGGUCCCUGCUUCUGCCAACCUAGCAGUUCGAAAGCACAUCAAAGUGCAAGUAGAUAAAUAGGUACCACUCCAGCAGGAAGGUAAACGGCAUUUCUGUGCACUGCUCUGGUUCGCCAGAAGCGGCUUAGUCAUGCUGGCCACAUGACCCGGAAGCUGUACGCCGGCUCCCUCGGCCAAUAAAGCAAGAUGAGCGCCACAACCCCAGAGUCGGUCAUGACUGGACCUAAUGGUCAGGGGUCCCUUUACCUUUACCUAGGCAGGCAAUAUUGUGAUUUAAAAUUACCCCAUAAAGCAGAUACUGAAAAGCCAACGUGGAGCAGGGAGAUCUACCUUCUUGUCUUCUUUUUUGCAGCUUUUUAUGUUUAGGUUCCUGCAUUGCAGGGAGUUGGACUAGAUAAGCCUUGGGGACCCUUCCAAUUCUACAAUUCUGUGUUCCUCAAAUGCGGGGUGGGGUGGGGCACAAAUAGGGAAUUGUUCCCUUUCUGCUGCUGCUUGUAGAAUGCCAACAGGUGGUUCAGGAAUACUUUUCCAGUUAACUUUGGUUUGGUUAUUUCAGUUCUUGCAUUUAAUCUUCAAAGGAUAAUAUAAAUGUGUACUGAUAUCUUUCCUUAAGAGAAAUGUGAUGUUUCAGUAUAUCUCGUGUGUCUGUCUGUAUCCACUCACUGUUUUAUAUUGUGCCUAAGGUUCUGUUUUAUUUCUCUGUGUAUGUUAAUUUGUGAGUGCUCGGCCCUGAAAGGUAACUAUUAAGCAAUUGAAAUUUAAAAAGUGGGAGACGUAAUUAAAAUAGUCAGAUAUUGUCUAAAGAUAACAUGUUGAGAUGUUUCAAAGUGAAGUUGUGGUCCUCAUGAGAGAAAAGAGAGGUCCAAGUUUAUUUAAAUGCUUGCAUGAGUAAAGGGCAUAUAACACCAACUGCCUGUUGCAGUUUUCAGUUGGAGAAUCACACAGUGACUCCUUGGAUCUCUCUGGUGCAGCUGCAUCUGUUCAAAAGUAAACGGUAGCAAUUUUUUGGCUUUCAAACCAUCAGAUCUAGUGUCCUUCAAUACUUGCACUAUGCUGUGCAUAGAAAAGAGAGUAAUAUUAAAUAAGUUUGAGUUAGGUUAAAGGAAUGCAGUAUAACUUACAGGACAGAAAAAUAUAUACAACCAAUUGUUACUCAUAUGGCCCAGUAAAAUGCAUUAAUUGUUGGGUGUAAUCCAAUAAGAAUGUAUGCGUUCUGGUGUGUUUCACACUUUUGACUACUUUCUGAAAACUAAUGGGAAAGAUUGCUACCAUAAGUUAUUUCUUUGUGUGCUGCCAAGGCAGAAACUUUGAAAGAAUCAAGGAAGUUCAACAUGUAUUAUUAUUCCUGUUUUCUUUUUUAAGAAGCAAAAAAUUUGGAAUAUAAAACCUAAAGCCAGAUUGCUACAUUACUCCAGCUACCACUUCUCUGUAAACUGGCAAUGAGAUGGAGCAGUGGACAGCAGAGAUCAGUAGUUAGGGGAGGGAUACUUAACCUUAAACCCCACUGCCCCCACUAGUGUUUCAGAUUUUUGUUUCCAUCUUGCACAUGAGAAUGAAACCCAGGGGUAGUGUGUCAAAUAGUGUUUUCUGUUAAAGAUGUUCACCAGGUGCGACCUAAAAUGUCAAGCAAUACAUUUCUUUGCUACCCAGCCUGAAUAGUGAAUCAUCUCAUCGUUAAAUGGAAACAAAGGGAGCAUUCCUUAUUAUGCAAUCUGGCAACGCCAGUUCUGUGAAGCCACAGAACACUGACCUAUUUGACAACUUUAGAUUGUCAUGCUACCUACUUCCUCAUUCCUUCCACUCAGCAAGGUAGUACAGUGUUGUGCUUCUGCAAAUCCCCCCACCGCUGUUUGGGUUGAGCAAUUUUAGACCGUUAUUCCCAUAUAUCAAAUUGACUUUACUGAGAGAAUGUUUCAAAUAAAGAAGGUUUAGGAGAUCGUGUUAAAGCAGUAAAAUAGGUACCAUCUCACUGGUGUCUUCCACACAUAGCUAAUGUGGGGAAUUAGUGUUAUAAGUGGUCCCUUUUCUUGGCUCUCUUUAUAGGUUAAUACUCUUCCCAUGCUGGAGUUGAACUGCCUUUAAUAAUUGUACCUAAUGCUAUGGGUUUCCCCUUUCUUAUGGAAGGAUAUUUUGCUAGGAAGGGUGAUAUGGCUGACUAUUCCAAGUACCAGUUUUCUUUGUUCCAUAGGUGAUCACUGGAGGGCACUAUGAUGUUGACUGCCGCUUAGAAGAUCCAGUUGGCACUGUGCUAUACAAAGAGAUGAAGAAACAAUACGAUAGCUUCACCUUUACCGCAUCCAGAAAUGGGACGUACAAGUUUUGUUUCAGCAAUGAGUUUUCUACCUUUACACACAAAACAGUGUACUUCGACUUCCAGAUUGGAGAUGAUCCGCCUCUGUUUCCUAGCGAAAACAGAGUUACUGCACUUACUCAGGUAGUUACACAACUGAGUAUAAAUAUAAAUAUAAAUAUAAAGUUAGACUUUAAUUCUCAUACCACCAAUUAGAAUUUUGAGUUUUGCUGCCUUUGGAAGACUUGGGCAUUUGUCAUAGCUUUACAAUGCAUUCCUAAGCCAAAGCUACUCAAAAAUAAGUCCUUUUGAAUUUAAUGGCUCUUAUUUCCAGGUAAGUAGUUUUAGGAUUCUGCAGCCUUAGUUAUUCAACUGCUCCACUACUAAAUAGUUGCUGUUUUUUGUCCCAGCAAGAGGGUGAGGAGUUGGACCACUGAGGUAGGAAAGAAGUUGCUGCACCAUAUCAACAUACCCUAGUGCUACUCAAGAAAUAUUUACUGUGCACAAAGUAGUCAGCCAGCCUAUAUGAUACAAAUAUGAUGUCUUUAUUUCUGAAGGCUUUCUGUCUUCACAUAAAAUCAAAACCUACAUAUUCAAAUGUGGAUAUGUAAUCGGAUCAGCAGUAGUUGAUAGCUUAAUAGCUGAAAACGCUGGCAGCAUUAAGAUAAAAUCAACAGUGUAAUUAAUUUUGAGUGAUGUAAAAAUGGAGAACUGAUUAAAAUGGUUAUACCGUAGUAAAAUAUGCAGGAACGAAAGACAAACAAAAUGAACCAUGGAAGGAGAAGGAGGGAAGUCGCUGGGAUAUUUAACAGUAUGUAAAAUGUUUAUUUUGAGAUGUAUAAUUAAAAUCUUAAUAAAAAUAGUUAUAAAAUAAAAUGAAGCUUAAUGAGCUGAAAAUGCAAAAUCCUGUAUACCUUUUUCAAUAAAGAGUACUCAUCAGUCCUCUUUCUUUCUGUAUCUAGAUGGAGUCAGCAUGUGUUUCGAUUCAUGAAGCUCUAAAAUCUGUCAUCGAUUCCCAGACUCAUUUUCGGUUGAGAGAAGCACAAGGCCGCAGCAGAGCAGAAGACUUAAACACACGGGUAGCUUAUUGGUCAGUAGGAGAAGCCAUCAUUCUUCUUGUAGUUAGCAUUGGGCAGGUAUUUCUUCUCAAAAGCUUCUUCUCAGACAAAAGAACCACCACAACUCGUGUUGGAUCAUAACUCAUGUUGAGAACAUGAGUUUGUAAAACCCACUGUUUGUAAAAAUAUAUAUGUAUAUAUACUGUUCUUCAAAUAAUUUCUAGUUACAAAGCAAUGAAACAUGGGGAACAUUUUUAAGUACCUUUGCCCUUCUUAAAGUUGCAAAACACAUGCUCCCUAAAAGCUGUGGGAGAAAAUAGCUUUUAAUGUGUGAUAUAUUGGUUUUCUCCUUCUGCUGAUAUGUGCUGAGACAUCUAAAUUAAGGUUGCUUUUUAAAAUAAAAAUAAAAAACAGCCUUUGAGACUAUUUGGUAGGAGCACAGCGCUUUCAAGAAAAUUCUUUGAAUGAUGAUUUAGAAGAUUGUCCAUAUUAAAAAUGCGUGGCAAUCAGAUUUUUUUCAAGUUUGAAAAGUGGGGGAAUAUAAAGAAAAACAAAUGUGGUUAAAUAUUGUCUCAGAGCCUUGUACUGCACUGUUGUGAUUUGCUAUGGAAACUGGUCUCAUUUUCUUGCAGAACCAUUUUGGGGGGGGCGGGGGGGAGAAUGUGUGUCUUCUUUUACAGUACUAAAUUUUAGGCUGAGAAUUCCAGGGCAACCAGUUCUCUGUACAAUGGAAAAAGCUGUGUGGGUUGUUCUUUUUUGAAUUUAUCUUUUUAAAUUAAACAAAUGAGGAGACUUUCUUGUAAUUCUGGAAGCUGAGUCUUUGAGCUUGUGGAGCUGCUUCAUUUUUUUUGAAGAUCUGAAAGAGAAUAGGCUGCGUCACAAAUAAUCUGUAGUCUGUCAGUGCCAUUUGGAAACAAGAAGAGUAAACUAAAGUGCACUGGGUUUAAUAUCUUGCGACUCAAAGCCAGUCUUGUAAUCUCUUUACUACUUGGGCAGUCCCAUGAGACCACGUUGGCCUAAAUGGUUUGAGAAUUGUAACCUAAAAUAAGUGGCUUAUCAAGCAACAUAUGCACAAUGCUGGACAUGAUUGUAUGACACCUGUGAAAGCUUAUUACAUUUGCCUAUUAAAAAAUCUAAAUAACGUUUUUUUGAAAAACUCUUUCUUCUGGGUGUAAUACAGUAAUGUGUCGCCUUGUCCUUGCUUCUACCACUUUGGGGUUAGAGGGCUGUAUUGAGGUUCAUGGGAGUUGGUUGCCAAAUAGCUGGUAUCCUUUGUGUAUGCCUAAUAGAGAACACCUUGCAUACCCCUGUAUGUGUGCAAGGUUGCUUGAAACAACAGUAAAAUGUGCAAUCAAAGUAUAAGUAACAUUAUUACCCCAGUCAUACAACACAUCUAUUUGAAAGUAAGCCUAAUUGAUUUCACCAGAAUUUGCUUCCAUGUAUUUAUAUUUUCUAUUGGAGAAUAAGGUUUGUUAGAAAGGAUAAAGAUACGUGAUUCCCAGUGUUUGUAAGCAUAUGAAUACCACUAAGCUCAAAAGCUUACAAGCACAAAAAUCUUAUCUGUGUCGAAUUGCCCUCUUAUGUAAUGUUGACUCCCUCUACUUUACCAUUGUAGAUGUUAAGAUAUAAAUCUUGGAAAAAUACAUGACAAAAUCUCCUGUCUUUUAAUGCUCUGUAACAACAAAGACUUAUUGUCUUGAGUUUAAAUGCUGAUGUGGUAUUAAAGGGAGGUGUGGAUGUGAUCUUAACACUGAGUGGUUCAACAUCCAGUUUUUUAAGCUUCUUAGUUUGGUUAGUUACUGAAGCUGUUUGAAAUGUCUACUUCACUACCACAUAGUGUGUGGGUGUAGCUUUUUAGAUACAACAUUGAUUGUGUAUUAGUAGCAAGGAAGAUCUCAGCGCUGUACUGGUUAAAGUCCUGCAGAAAUAACUUGGUGUACAGUGUUUUGUCUCCCACUUGAGCUUGAGUAAAAUAAAUUUCUUGACUGUA